UGUGCGGAGCCAUUUAAAUCGCUCAACCGUUUUCCCCCACGGUUCCAGGCGGUUCUUUUCGAAACCAACUGAAACCGAAAACAUAACAAAUGGCCCAUUCGGAAGUUAUCAUUAAAUAUAUCGAGUAACACACGACUAACGAUACUGGGCAUGCGCACUGCCUUUAAAUGUGAUUUUUAUCAGCGAUAAAGCUGUGAUUUUUUUUGGGUUUACUUCGCCGAUCGAUCGAUAAUGAUAAAAGGGAAAAAACAAGGUGCAUCCAGUUAGUGAAACAAGCCAUAAAUUAGCAAAAGUUCGUUGAUUGACGGUCAGAACGCCGCGUCAUGUUGUUGCUGCCAACGGAAAUAUGUCCAGCAGCAACAGCAACAAUAACAACAGCAACAGCAGCAGCAACAACAACCAUAAACAACACCAAAAGUUGCCCAACGAAAAGUAAUUUGCGAAAAUCAUAAAAAAGUAGCGUAAAUAACUCCCGGCUCUACGAGAUCCAAGUGGAGCAAAACUCAAAACUCAAAACGCAAAGAGCGAAAAGCACAAAGGCCAAGCGCAAAAAUAGCCAGAAAAUUGCUGGAAAUCUUUUGGUUCACACCAAAACAAGAAACCCCAGAAAUAAGAACAAUAUUCAAGAACAACCAGAGCAACAACAGCAAAACAGCAAACAGCAAGUGUCGCCGUUUUCUUAGGCACAAAAACCAUUCUGUGAUAUCUCAAGACCCAAAGAUGGCAUCGUUAACCUUGCACUUGAUAGUGAUAGCUCUGCUGGCGUCGACUGCGCUGUCAAAGGCGGCGACACCAACACCAACAACAACCACACCAACAACAUCUACAACAACAACAACAGUGACGCGACAGCGCGGCAGAGGCGUCGCCUUCCAGGGGGAGGGGCUGCGGCUGGGGGGCGUGGCAUCUGUAUCUGCAUCCACAACCAGCACAGAGGCGCCAACGUUGCGGGCACCGCGUCAGCGUCGUCCGCCCACGACGAAAUCGAUCGAUAUAACGGUGACGGUGACCCCGAUUCGCAGUCGCGGUCGCAGUGGCAGCGCAGCGACGCCUCUGCCGCCGGUCAGCACAACAACAACUGCUGCUGCUAGGCUGCUGCAGCGACGUCGCAGCAGCACUUCCAGUACAACAACAACAACAGGAGCAACUCCAGCAGCUGGAAGAUCUUCCAGGGAUCGUGGAAGUGUGAGGGGGCCACGACAACCGCGCGAUACGCCCGAUUCGAGCAUUCGACGGAGUUGGCAGUCCGCCCAAGCGCCCACCGCCACCCCCUACCACGCCCAAACACCCACUUUCAGUUCCAGUGGCAGUUCCAGUUCCACUUCCAGUGGCGGUACCACUUCCAGUCGAGGCGCACUGAAAACGCCGCGAAUGAUCCAGCGCCUGGUGGCCGGUCACAUCCACAAUGCCCAGGGACACUCCACCUACGAGGUGUCGGCGGUCAGUGCCAACAGCUCCUCGUCUAGUUAUAAUCCUUCGACGAGUGCCAGUUGGAGUUCCACUUCCACUUCCAGUUCCACUUCCUCCACUUCCUCCACGACGACGACGACGAGGCAGCCGCCUUUGAAGAGCAAGGCGAGCAGCAGCUACCGACUGGCCAAACCCUCGAUCAGGCCGAGAUUGAGCAGCACAGUGGCCCCCAGUCGCUUCAGUAAUCCGCCCAGUACCUCGAGAUCCACCACUCCCCUGCCGCCGACGAGUUCCAAUACCCCGAAUCCUUUUAAGGACGACGACAACGAUGAUGAGGCGCUGCUGAACGAACCGGAUGACUUCGACGACAACUGGGACAAUGGGAUCCUGCGGCUGAGCGCCGGUUCGGGCAAGGAGGCGGAGGCGCCGGCCAAGAAGGCCCCAGGAGGAGCCAAGGAGGACCAGAAGAAGACGCUGGCCGACCAGGUGAGGGACGGCAAGUAUGGACUGAUCGAAAGGGAGCUCUUCCGUCGCGUUCCCAAGCGUCCGGGAGUGCUGAGCUAUGCCCGCAACUCGGAGGUUCCGCUGGACAAUGAGCGCAACUAUGGAGGCCUCAACGAGGAGGACAUCUGGCUGGCCGAGGAUCACCUGCUGGUGAUCAAGGGUGGCUCCCUCAACGAGGAGACCGAUGACAAUCAGCCGGGGGGUGGUGGCCUGCCCUGGCCGGCCAUCGAUGACUACGAUGCGCCGGGAAGGCAGAUCAAGUUGCCAGCCAAUCCAGCUGUGCCGCCUCCAUUUCCCGUGCAGCUCGAGCCGCAUGGGCCGCUGCAGCUUAUCCGAGAUAAUCAACUCGAGAUCCUCCGUCCGGCGGCUGGCAAUGCAACGCUAUCCGGGAUGGUCAACCACCAGAGCGACCAGGGCGCCGGCGCCGGCGAAGAUCUCGCAUCGCAUCCUGUUGCCCGGACGGGAGCGACUGCAGCAGCUACGUCGGCUAAGUCCAAGGAGGCCAAGGAAUCCCCCUCCUAUGUUUAUCCCGCGCCCUAUGCCCCCUGGCUGCUCUACCCCGCCAACGAGACGACGUCCAAAGGCGGGUUGCUGAGAUCGCCGCCGCUUUUGGGACCCUGGCUGAUCAACGGGCUGAAUGGCUUGAAUGCCUCUCUAGUUUCUGGCGGGGAUUCCCAAACGAAUCUGAGCGAUUUCGACGAGGACGAUCCCUCACUCUACUAUCCACCAGCCUACACGUUUGUCUACAAGUCCAACUACUCGAAUCCGGUGCCACCGGGUCCCUUGGUGCCCGGCAUAGUCCUGCCACCGCCGCCGGAUCACUUCAGUCGACUGGAGGGCAGCAGCACCAGGAAACCACCCACAAGCACUACUUCUACAAGUAGUACUACUUCUAGCACUACUACUACUACUACUACUACCAGUACCACACGACCACCGCUGCCCAUUCGCACCUCGUACAAGCCCAAGUACAAUGGGAUCACCUAUCUGCCGCCGCAUCCGAGGCAGAAACAGUAUGUGGAGCGAGUGCCCGUUCCGGUGGCAGUGCCCAUACCCAUUUACCCCGUCAACUAUACGCCGCGUCCCCAGCUGGUCUUUGUGCCCAGCUCCACGGAGGAACCGGGAUCGGGUUCGGGAUCUCGAGAUCCCCCGCUCUCCAAGUCGAACCCCAUCUACUACGAGUACUUCGAGGCCAAGCGGCAGCCGGGCUCCAUCAAGUCCAACGUCAUCGACGACUUCCUGGCCACCAAGCCGCCCAAGCGGCAUCAUCAUGGCCAGAGUAACCAGAUAUAUGGCCACCAUCACCAUCAGCGGGAGCAUCUGCAGCACUACAAGGCGUCGCCGAGUCCGGCAAACGAUGUGGCCACCGCCGCCGAGGUGGUCAACAUCACGCCCAAGCCCAGGACCGCCCAGCUGCAGCUGCACGCGGAGUACGAGGCGUCCCUGGGCCAGCUGCUCAGGAGCAACCUCAUCUCGCCCCAGGAAGCAGGAGGAGGAGUGGCAGUCGGAGCCCAUCCGGGGCGAUUCCAGGCCCCCGACUUUGACAAGCAGCCCUUCCUGCCCAUGGUGAACUACAGUGCGGACGAGCAGGACCAGAACGCCUUCAAGGCCAUCGUUUACCAGCCCAAUCCCAAUCCCAGUCUGAAUCCCAAUCCCGUCCAGCGGCAGCGUCACCUGCGUGUUGGCAAGCAGCAGCUGCAGCUGGAGCCCAGCAACUUGGAGGCCUCUCCGCCGCAGGACUCCUAUCUGCCGGGUCGCCACUUCCGGGUGGGCAAGCAGCAGCACCAGCAGCAGCAGCAGCAGAUCUACGAGCCGCAGGUCUACAGCACCCCAAUUCCCCAGUUUGUGGACGAUCCGCAGCAACUAAGGCCCCCAUCUCCGGUCCAAUCGAAUCCUUUGCAGUUCUGGCAGCGACCUCCGCCGCAGUUUAAAAGGGUGCGACCCAGCAGCAAGCAGGGUCACCCUCAUGUCCAUCCCCAUUAUCCGCCGUACUAUGUGCCCGGCUAUCCCAGUGCUCCGGCGGGGGAACCCCUGUACCGCCUGGUGCCCGUGGCCCAGCACAAGCACUGGAGGAACAAGCAGACGCAGCAGCAGCAGGUGCAAUCGCAGCCCAUCCAGGUGCAGGCCCAGCAUCACAAUCAGAAUCACAACCAGGGUUAUCCCGAUCGGAGCGUUAAUAUUGGACACAGUCUCGCCGGCGACAUCCUCGUCAACUACAACACCAACAAUCAGUUCAAUCCGCAGGCGGAACUGGUGCCCCAGGCCCAGUUGGCCGCCCCCCCUCCGCCGCCGCCGCCGCUGUCCUAUCAGGCCCAAAGUGGCCAGCCCCUGUGGUCCGAAAGGGAGAGGAGGGAGGGAGAUCGGGAGCGGGAUCGGGAUCGGGAGCGAUCGGUGAGACAGUCCAGGGAACAGCAGUAGUACUUAUAUAUCUUAAAAAUCCGAGUAAUCAUGUCGAUAAUGAUGGUUUCUAUGUCAUUGAUAAACGUAGUGUCAAAAUGUGAUCUAUAGGGAGGCCAAUCCGCAAUUCUUUUUCAUUCAAUACCAUUUCAUAUCAUUCACAACCAAUCCCGAUUAUGGUCUCAUUUUCGUAUUUGAACAUUUUUAUUUUUAUAACCCGAAAUAUUCCUCUCGAAAUCGCUGAAAAAUUGAAUUCUUCAAAAUGAUUUCUUUUAUUCGAUAAAAUCAUCAUUUUAAUGGGUGUUUUGUGGGCGUUUCUUCUUUGCCGCUUCCAUUUCGACUUUUAUUUAAGCUCCCAGUUUAUUUCGCGUUCUUUGCUACCACUAACAAAUAGUUACGUUACGUAGAGCUGGUCAUUUAAGAGAUAAACCCCGAUUUGGUCCUGCUGUGCUGCCAACGUCUCGAUGGCGAUCGACAAUCGAUACAUAUCGCCAAUCGCUGACAGAGUUGCAACAAGCAAAUACACAUACAUAUAUAUUUAUACCAUAUAUAAGUGUAGCUAUAUCCCUAUGCGGUAAUAAUAUAUAUUCACAAACCUAUGUAAAUAAAAAACGAGUGUAGGCGCUACCGACACCACUUAGUCCUAGGGGCAGUAAAAUAUGUGCAUCAAUGUAUGUAUACUUUAUCGAUACCGUUACCGAUGUC